AUGAUUUUUACCCCAAAAUUUAAAAAUUGUUUUUUAAGCACAGUUAGCGGAACAAAAGAUUUUGGCUAUGUUCGUUAUGUAGCAACAACCAAAUUACGUUCUGAAUGUUCUGUUGAUGCUUGUGCUAAAGCUCCUAGUUUAAUUGAGGUAGAAGAUGGAGGUCAUGUAAAAAAUUUAAUUAUUGGAGAUGGGGCGAAAGGAAUUUUGUGUGUAGGAAAGUGUACAUUGGAAAAUGUUUUGUAA